AUGAGAGUUUUACUAUUUUCUUGCGUCGCGCUUGCGGCGCUGACAUAUGUCAGUUGUCGGGCGACAAGGGAGCGACGCGAUGCCGACCUAGAGGUUGCGGCCAGUCAUCAUGGGGGCAAGUGGGACAAAGGAGGUGGACACGAAGACCACGCUCAUCAUCAUCACGAUCAUGGAGAAAAGGGCCAUAAAGGAUAUAAAGGGCAUCAUCAUCAUGAGCACGGGAAGAAGGGACAUCAUCAUCAUGAAGGGCACAAAGGACACCACGAUGAGCACGGUGGACAUAAAAAACAUCAUCAUCACGACGAUGGAUACCAUCAUGAGCACCACCAUGGUGAAAAGGGUGACAAAGGUCAUGGUCAUCACGAGGAAGGGCACUAUCACAAGGGUCAUUCCACAAAAGGACACCAUGGUGUCCACAAACAUGAUGAGUUCAAGAAAGAAAAGCAUUUCCAUGAUCACCAUCAUGAUGGUGGUCAUCAUGAGCAUCACGGUGGACAUCACGAGGAGCAUGGUCACAAGAAGGGCGGUGGUUUCCAUAAAGGACAUAAGCGCGAUGGUCACCAUCAUCAUGAACAUGGCAAGAAGGGUCAUCACGAGAAGGGUGGACAUCAUCACGAUCAUAAGGGCCAUCAUGACGAAGGUGGCCACCACGAGCAUCACCACCAUCACCAUGAUCAUGGGGACAAGGGAGGCCAUGAACACCACAAGCACUGGGGCCACAAGAAGGGACAUUAA